AUGACGGACACACUCAAGCUGAUGAGCAUUACGGUGGCUGUCACGACGAUAGUGCUCGCUACUUUGGCCGAAGCAGGAUACGUAGCACUCUACAAGGACACUUACUUCAAAGACAAACUCGUGACAGUCGACGCUGUGGUUGUCGAUGUCUGCUACACUUUCAAAUGCGACAAUGGGAAUGGGGAAAGUGUCGACAACAUGAUCUCAUCUGCUAAGUGGCAUGGCCUGCCCGAAGAGAGCAAGAUCUUUGCGCGUGGUCAGUCCGUUAUAACGUUUUACACCGACCAAAACUGUAAGGGCGACGCCAAAUCGUGGUAUGUGACUACGCAGAGCAAGAGCAACAUGCACUUCCCUGAGAAUUUCCGACUCGACGGGAUCAACGAUGAAAUUUCUUCUUUCAAGGUGAUCAGUGCUGGGGGAGAUUCAGGACCGUUUAGGGUGUGUGGACCGUCCGAGAAAAUUAAUCUAGCGAAUACAAGCAGCGCCGACGACAGCCGCUAA